UUCGGGAUGAGGCAACGCGCUGAAUGAAGUCUGGCGUCUCUGAAGAUGAUGCGUGAGAGAGUGGGUGUGUUCACUCCGGCGCGAUACUGACAGCGUUCACAUUACAGCCCGCUCCGGGGAUGACGGACGCGGUUUAAGAUCGGUUUGGAGUCACCCGGAUUACUGUUUUGGGAUUCGAUUCGCCACCGGAGGAGUUUACGAUGUCGGGCUCGUUUUGUCGAAGUUUAUACGCCUUUAACGGGGAUCAGCAUCAGCAGGGACUGAAGUUUGAGGCUGGAGAAGUGAUCCGGGUAACGCAAGCUCUGGACGGAGGCUGGUGGGAAGGAGAGAAGGACGGAGUCAAGGGAUGGUUUCCCUCAACUUACGUGCAGGUGGAGAAACUGUCUCUGAUGUCUCCUCUGGACGAGCCGCUGCCCAGAGACUGGAAGAGUUACAUGUCACCGCAGGGACGAAAGUACUACGUCAACACCGUCAGCAACGAGACAACAUGGGAGCGGCCGUCGAGCACGCCUGGCACCCCGAAAACACCAGUGAAGCACAAGAACUCCGUCCCGACAGUGAAUGGAUUUCAUGGUAAUGGCAGCCCGUUGCAUCAGACUGAGCCACCGCAUGUAGUGAUGCGGAAGACCAGCACAGAUCAACAGAGUCCUGGCUCGACUUCACCCAGCAGGAAGCAGGAGUGUGAAUCCACGGUAACUAUCAACUCGGUGACGUUUCCUCUUCCACUGCACAUGUCUGAACAGCAGCUGCUCAAACCAGACGAGUGGAGCUACUGUGAUUAUUUUUGGGCGGACAGAAAGGACCCGCAGGGAAGCGCCAGCAUCUCAGGAUUCGAGGUUCUGCUGCAAAAACAGCUGAAGGGAAGGCAGAUGCAGAAAGAGAUGGCCGAGUUUGUGCGGGAAAGGAUCAGGAUCGAGGAGGAAUACGCCAAGAACCUGUCGAAGCUCUCGCAGAUCCCGCUGGCGGCGCAGGAGGAAGGCACUCUUGGAGAAGCAUGGGCUCAGCUGAAGAAAAGCCUGGCAGAUGAAGCAGAAGUUCAUCUCAAGUUCUCCUCCAAGCUUCAGUGUGAAGUGGAAAAGCCUCUGCUGAUAUUCAGGGAAAACUUCAAAAAGGACAUGAAGAAGUUCGACCAUCACAUGGCGGAUCUCAGGAAGCAGCUGGCCAGCCGAUACGCCGCAGCGGAGAAGGCACGGAAAGCUCUCGCAGACCGGCAGAAAGACCUGGAGUUAAAAACCCAGCAGCUGGAGAUCAAACUGAGCAGCAAGAUCGAGGAGGACAUCAAGAAAGCGCGGCGGAAAUCCACGCAGGCCGGUGAUGAUCUGAUGAGAUGUGUAGACCUCUACAAUCAGUCCCAGUCCAAGUGGUUUGAGGAGAUGGUGACCAGCAGUCUGGAGCUGGAGCGUCUGGAGGUGGAGCGGGUGGAGAUGAUCAGACAGCACCUGUGUCAGUACACCACGCUACGACACGAGACCGACAUGUUCAACCAAAGCACCGUAGAGCCGGUGGACAAACUCCUGCGGAGCGUGGACCCCGCCAGAGACCGAGAGCUGUGGGUCAAAGAACACAAGACGGGCGAGCUGAGACCGGUGGACAUGGACAUCUGAGACCGGCUGAAGAGAAACCUCUGAGGCCGGGACAAGCCCCACGACCCCGAGCGAGCAGGAACGUGUGUCAGAGACCGCGUGGACGCCUGCGGGAUUUCGGUCGUGUUUGUCGGUAUCUACUGACGCAAUCAUGUCAUUAGGAUUCAACAUGGAUCGAACCGAGUUCAUGUGGAAGAAGUACUAAUAUAUAUAUAUAUACUGUAAAUGCUGCUGCGGGUGAUUUCGGUUCGGACUAAUCAAAGCUCUCGCUUGCCUUAAAGGGACGGUUACGCACAAAAACGAUCGUUCUGUCAUCGCAAAACGUGUUUGAGUUUGUUGAGCUCGAAAGAAGAUGUUUUAAAGGAUGUCGGUAACCGAACAACCGAUGGCGACCGUUAACUUCCAUAGGAAUGGAAAACAGUCGACGGUAGCCAUUGACGUCCAUAGCAUGGAACCAAUGAGUUUAUGGUACCCAUCAGGGUCAGAAACGAGCUUUUCCAUUAAGGAACUGAUUCCCAGGGGCAGUUUUUUUUUAAGAUUUGUGAAGGAAAUGUUUUUGCACCAACUUUUUUUUUAGUUAUACACUUGGAUUUAACAUUUACUUCAAUCGAUCAAAAUGGCAAUUGAUUGUUUCAAAUUGUAAAUGAUUGUUUAAAAACAGGAGCUAAUAUUAUGACAAAAAAUGAAUUAUUGUCGAUCGUUGCUCUUGAUACUGUAAUAAUUAUUAUUAAUGUUAAUGAAUAGAAUACAUAUAAAACUUGUGUUUUGUUUCAGCAUUAUGGAGAAACGGCUUGGGCUUCAACAUGUCAGUCCAUGACGUCAGUGUCGGUAGCCAUUGACUUUCACUGUAUGGGAAAAAUCUGUUGACGGUAGCCAUUGACUUCUAUGUAUGAAUGAGGGUAAAAAAAACGGGACUAAACAAUUGACGGUAGCCAUAGUAUGAGAAGAAAUAUAGAACUAAACAGCUGUUUAGCUACGUAUUUUUACUUCCCCAUUUAGUUCCACACCGGAAACCGUUCACCAGAAGCAAGAAACCCUUCUUUGGGACAGCUUGAGGUUUAUAAACGAUGACAGAAUUUUCAGUUUUUUGCCCGAACCGUCUCUUUAAAGUCAGCAUGAACCUAUUUAACUACACUGUUAUUUAUUUCUAAAUAAAAAAAAGAAAGAAAUGGAAGUUACUUACCAAAAUCAGGUGGAGAAACCCUUUACGUUUGAAAAAAAUGACACUUUUGCUCUUUGAAUAACUUUGUAUGAAUCAUGCAAAGAGGGUCAGUGCUUCUUUAAGCUUACACAGGAUAUUAUUCAACUCGAUGCAAAAUCAUAAACGCAUCCAUUAUUUGGUAUUAUACUGUAUAUGAGUAGAGCUGAUCAUAGUCUCAGGGGAUACUUCACUUCACGCUCAAUUAAGAAACGGACACGAACAAACGUAAAGAUGUUUUAUUUUCUGUCUUUUGUUCAAAUAUACAGAAGUCUCAAACAGUCAUCAUUUGGGCCCAAUAUUAUUUCCCCAAACCACGUAGUCUAUAAUGAAGACAGCUACAAAUAAUAUAUGUUAAUGAUUCUGCACAAUGCUUAUUUUUAUAUGAAAUCGAUUAACGUUUUCCUAAAUGAUCGUCACGAUGGAUUUCAUUUUAGUUUUUUUUUUUUUCUUUCUUAUGCAUUUAACUCAUCUGCAUCACCGAUGUACAUGUUCAAAUAAUUCAUUCUCUCCCUGUUAUACAAGGAUGUAAAUGAAGAAUAACUGCUGAAUAUCA